UUAUAAUGUUCAGUCUUAUUAUAGCUUGUUUGUUUCAAGCAGAUCGGGAGGUUAUGUCAUGAUCUUUCGAUAAGAUGGCCACAUGAUAGCAUAACUGACCGAGAGAAAGAUAGGAUAAGUUUAUCAAAGGUGGCUGUCGACUUUAUCAGGAGGAUUUCUCGUUUGACCAAAAACUUUAUUUGUGUCGUUGAAUCGAUAUAGUAAAAUAAAUAAAAGGUGGCUGUCAACUUUCUUGGCGUGCAAACCAAGUUCUAAAUAGUGUAUCUUAGUGUACAAAGACUUCGUAAGUUCUUCUUAAUAUAAUAGAAAAGGAUUUAGUAAGUUUAUUAUAUAUAUAUAUAUCAAGUCCUAGACAUGUAUUUUGAACUCAUAAUAUUUUCUUCCACAUUGAUAAACCAUAUUACCGGAAACAGUCUUCCAUUUUCCUGCAAAACCUAACCUAACUUUGUCAUAGGCUUCAUCUGGUUCUGAAAUAUGGAGGUUGCAGAAAUUGGUAGAAAGAAAAUCAACCAAAGUGUUAGACAUCAACAGCAGCACGGUGAACUCAGAAAGAACCAACACCGAGACGCGAGGCUAAUAGAAGAGAGUGAGAAAAUGGUAGAAGAGCUACAACAACAAAUGUUUUACAUUGGAAGAAAAAUUCCUGAAAAACAGCUUAAUCUUGGUAGUGCCAAGUCGAAGGCAAGCUACAGAUUGGACUAUGGAUGGAGUUACGGAGAAAAAAUGAUAUAUAGGAAUUCCGAGUUGGAUCGAAAAAAGAUGGAGCUUGAAAAGCUAACUUUCACUCAUGGUGCAUAUCGUGACAAGAAGGCUGUUCUAUAUUUCUCUUCCGGAAGAGAAGCAGAAGUUAACAUUCAUAACCUAAAUUGCCGGAUGUUGCAUGAGGCACGUAGCAUCGGUGAGGAAAGACUUUUUCUCAAUAUGGCUAAUAAAAAGCAUAGUAACUCUGGUUCUUCUCUUAAAGAACUUGAUCAACAAAUUUGUUGGUUAGGCCACGAUCUUGUGAUGAAAUGGCGACUCAAUAGCACAAGCGAUCGAGAUGAAACAAGAAAAAAACUAAUGGAACUUGUACUGGAACGAGAACAAUUAUUUCGUGACGCUCCAGUAAAAGGUUUCCUAUGGAAUUCAUUACCGUCUACAACUAAUUUACGGAAACAGAUUCAGGUACUAUAACCAAACUAGAGAAGAUUUUGACUCGCACUACAAGAAAACAGGGGGAUUCUGAUGGCCGAAAUCGUCAGAAAUUCGUCGGAAUAGACCGAUCCUGACGAAUUUCUGACGAACCAGUCCGUCGGUAUAAUUUCGUCCGAAAAAAAAGAUUCGUCGGAAUUUCGUCAGACCUUCCGACGACUUUCUGACGAAUACCGAGAAACGUCAUUCUGACGAACUUCCGACGAUAUUCCGAUGCGGACACACGAGACCAGAGUUCAUCGGAAAAACUAUAUACCGACGGAGCACGUUCCUCGGACUAUACCGACGAACCGAGUCCUCGGAAAAUACUGACGGACUAUGGUUCGUCGGAAUUUUCCGAGGAACCUUCUCCGUCGGUAUUUUCCGAGGACUUCGUUCGUCGGUAUAGUCCGACGCCCUCAAUUCGUCGGAAUAUAUCAAUUUUAAAUACGAAUUAAUUUUGCAUUUUUAUAUAUAUAUUUUUUUAUAUUAAAAAUUAAUUAAUAAAUAAAUAAAAUCUGAAAUUUAAAACUAAUAAUAUUAUAGAAUUUAAAUUCAUACAAACCGAAAUAGAAAAAAAACAUUCAGAAAGU